AUGGGGGUUGUGACGACGCUGGUGGACCAGGUGGUGCAGACACAGCCGUUGGUCAUAGCUGUGUUGGUGCUGCUUGGCUUCCUGCUGCGAGAAGUGGUGGCGCGCUUCCUUGGCACAGCAGCUGCAGCACCCGCCAAGAAGAAGCAGAGUGCCAAAACUGACACGUUUGAGUCGUGUGCCCCGGAUGAGGACAAUGACCCCGAGCACGCUCCCGGUCCCAGCAAGGAGGAAGAGGAGGCCGAGAUGGUGCCGUUGUCGUUCACGCGUUACUCUCCCAGUGAAAUGCAACAGAGGGCUGCCGAGUUUUAUGAGUUGAUGAACAAGCGGCGCACUGUCCGCCACUUUUCCAGCGACCCAAUCCCAGAGGGCGUGCUGGAAAGCAUCAUCCACUGUGCCGGUACGGCGCCGUCUGGUGCGCAUACGCAGCCGUGGCAGUUUGUUGUCGUACGCGAUGCAAAGUACAAGCAGCAGCUUCGCGCUCUGAUCGAGGAAGAGGAGGAGAUCAACUACCGCCGGCGGAUGGGCGAUCAGUGGGUCGAGGACCUGUCACCGCUCCAGACAGACUGGCGCAAGCCAUACAUCGAGACAGCGCCUGCGAGCGUGAUUGUGCUGCGGUCGCCGUACAGCUUCGACGAAGACGGCAACAAGCGCAUCCACUACUACCACGAGCUCAGCACUGGCAUUGCGUGUGGCCUGCUUGGUAAUGUUGUGCUGCUGCUCCCGAUCGGGUAUCCAAGCGAGGAGUGCCACGUGCCGAAUCUUCAUCGAAAGGCGCUCAAGGACAUCAUGACCGUGUUCUGA